AUGCAAUCAUCAUCAUCACUUAUAUUAACAUUGAUUAAACAAGCUCGACAAACUUUCUCAAAUUUAUUAUCAAAUAAUGAUCAUAAUUUAAAUCAAAAUGAUCAUAUUGAUUCACUUAAACGUUUAAUGAAUAAAAUAACAAAAUAUGAUUUAAAUUUUACAUUAUUUGAUAAUAUACAAAAUACUUCAUCAUUAAAUACAAUUGAUGAAAAAAAUUUAGAAAAAUUUUUAAAAUCCAAUGCACCUGUUUUUUAUAUGAAAUUAUAUGAAGAUAAAAUUAUAUCAGUUGGAAUAUUUAUUAUUAAAUCACAUCAUCGUAUACCAUUACAUGAUCAUCCACAUAUGUUUGGUUUAAUUAAAGUUCUUGAUGGUCAUGGACAUUUAAAUGCUUAUAAUGUUUUAUUUGAAAAAGAUUCUUCAGAACUUAUCUGUACAAAGCAUACAUCAACAACAAUUAAUUCACAAUCAGAAACAGCUGUUAUUUAUCCAAAUCAAUCAAAUAUUCAUGAAAUAUAUGCAAUUAAUAAUGAACAUUGUGCUUUUUUAGAUAUACUUAGUCCACCAUAUUCAAAUGAAAAUGAUUGUACAUGCUAUAUUGCGAUACCAUCAUCACAAUCAACAACAGAUAUAAAUGAUAACGAAAGAAAUUAUAUUCUUAAAAGAAUAUUUGAUGAUGAAUAUUAUACAGAAUCACUUCAAUAUACGGGUCCAACUAUAUCAUUGUGA